AUGUUCGCCGUGCCCGGUUGGUCCGUCUCGGCCGACGCUCUCAAGCCUGAGACGCAGGUCAAGGAGUCGGCUUCCAAACCCAGCAAGCGGAAGAGGGCCGGCGGCGGCGGCGCGAAGCAAGAGGUGACCACGGACAACGUCGCCAACCUGUGGGAGCGUGUCAUCGAGGGCAAGCCUGCACCGCAGAGAAAAAAGGCCGACAAGGGCGGCAAGAAGGCGGCUGCCAAGCAAAACGGCAAGCAGGAGAAGGACAUCUCUCAGCCGGCAUCUAAGCGUCAGAAGGCCGAAGACGGCAACGCCGUUACCAAGGAUGAGCCUGAGCGCGACGGCGCGCCGGUAAAGGACGGCCAGGAGCCUCCGAGGAAGAAGACGAAGAAGGAAAAGAUGAGAGAGAAGAAAGCUGCUCUCAAGCUGGCGGAAGAGACUCGGAAUGCUAUGGAGCUGGACAGUGAAAAGCCUGCAGAGGAUGCUGAGAUGGCCGAAGCCGAUGACGUUGAGGAGCCCCAGCAAGAGCCCCAGCUGGAUCUCGAGCAGGAACAGCCCGCAACGCAGUCAAAGAAGGACAAGAAGGAAAAGGCCAAGGCCGACAAGGCGGCGAGACCCGAGUCAACGUCGUCAAAGCCGGCUGCCGCGCCGCCUCUUCCCCCAGCCGUUAAGCUCACGCCCCUCCAGGCCUCGAUGCGCGCAAAGCUCGUCUCGGCCCGCUUCCGCCACCUCAACGAGACGCUCUACACGCGCCCUUCGGCAGAGGCCCUCUCUCUCUUCACAGACUCACCCGACAUGUUCAGCGAGUACCACGAGGGCUUCCGCCGCCAGGUGGAGGUCUGGCCCGAGAACCCGGUGGACGGCUACAUCGCCGACAUCAAGGCCCGCGCCAAGGCCCGCUACCCGGACCGCAACAGCCGCAAGCCCGCGCCCGUGCCUGCGCCGGAUGCCGUCAUCCCCCUGCCUCGCAACUUCAACGGCACCGCCACCAUUGCCGACCUCGGCUGCGGCGACGCCCGCCUCGCCGAGACCCUCCAGCCCCUCGCACGCAAGCUCCAUCUUGCCAUCCACAGCUACGACCUCCACAGCCCGAGCCCACACGUCACACGUGCCGAUAUUGCCAACCUCCCUCUGGCGGACGGCGCCGCCGACGUCGCCAUCUUCUGUCUGGCGCUCAUGGGAACGAACUGGCUCGACUUCAUCGAGGAGGCCUAUCGCAUCCUCCGCUGGAAGGGCGAGCUUUGGGUCGCUGAGAUCAAGUCCCGCUUCGGGCCCGCUGCGCGACAUGCCGGUGCCAAGGGACGGUCUGGCGGCGGUGUUGUCGAGCACAGCGUUGGGAACAGGAAGAAGACAGAAAAGGUCGGCAAGAAGGACAAGGCCGAGAUCGCUAGUGCCCAGGCUGCCGCCGACGGCGAGGAGCUGGCUGUCGAGGUUGACGGCAAUGAUGACAAACGGGGCGAGACGGACGUCUCGGCCUUUGUCGAGGCACUGCAAAAGCGGGGAUUCGUUCUGCAGGGCAAGGCUGACCUGUCGAACAAGAUGUUCGUUCGGAUGCGAUUCACCAAGGGAAUGGCACCAGUGAAGGGCAAGUGUGUGGAGAAGACGCCGAAAGAGGUCGUCGAGAAGCAGAAGAAGCAGAAACGCUUCCAGUGGGAGAACAAAGAGAUCGAGGAGGAGGUGGAUGAGUCGCCUAUCCUUAAGCCUUGCGUUUACAAGCUGCGGUAA